AACUGCACAAAAUCAGUAUCUUAUUGGAUGAACAUCAGGAAUAACAAUUUCACAAAAAAUGAUGUAAGAAGUGAGUGCACGUCUCUACCGUCAAUGAUAGUACAAGAAGACUAGUGGCUGGACGAAGUGAAAGAAUCGGUAAUGUACGCUAUUCUCUAUUCAACGUUUCUGCUGGAGCUUUGCCGACCUGAACUUGCGAUUUUAAUGUUUCUUGUGAGUGCGGUGAUAUGAGUGCAAGGUGUGCACCGUAAAUAAACGGCUCAAACGGAAGCUUAAAAAAUGAUCCUGCUUUAUUUCUUCAUCCUGACAACUGUAUCGUUAGUAAACUCAUCCCCAGUAAGUUACCAGUAUGUGAGUUUUAUUCGAAAUGGACGAACAAGAUCUUCGGAUUUGCCUGGACGAAGAUCACGGAGUUUCAGUUUUGAAAAUAAACACUUUUUUACCCAAAGUCACUUCUGGAAUGAUGGGGAUUUUCACCCACAUACAAAUUCUCUAGGAUUUGAGGAACAUCGCGGACAUAUCACUCCUGAUUUUAGCGAUGGUUUAGAGUAUCCAGAUCCAUAUCUUUUGACUGGAAGAGCAGCAAAACUAGCGGCUUCGUAUUUAUACAGAAAACCCUUAUUUUUUGAAGAAAUUAACCACGUUAAUGCUCUUUUGCAAAAUCAAGAACAGAGAAGACGUAGUGGCUUAGCAGGGAAUAAACUGGGAUCUUUAAGGAAUCACUUGCCCUUCUAUAGGUUUAAGUAAUUUUGUAAAUUAUUAAUAAAAUGAUU